GCCUACAUUUUUACACUUGUAUAAUGGCUGGUUGUCAGAUAAUAAAAAAGCUGUUGUUAUUCGAUACUUCUGAUACCCAGUCUGGACAAUCUAUAACCUGAUUAUACCCAAGAAGGGGAAGCCUAUUUUAAGUUGUCAGCUAGCAGUGAGGAGAAAAGGUUUCCCUACUGUUGUUACUGUUAAUCAGUGAGAGAGAAAGACUUCGCCACUACACACCAUACCGGGGCCCUAUAUUCAUCAAUCAUUAUACCGGUUUAAAAAUGGUUACAAGAUUGAAACUGAAUUGGGUUUCGCAAAACCUCAUUUCAUCAACAAUAAAGGAUUUUCAUAGGAAACAACUAAAGUUUAUAUCAUUAGAAGAAGUUUCAAAACAUGAUACCAUAUCGGACUGCUGGAUAAUAUUAUUUGAUAAAGUGUAUGAUAUAACCGACUUCAUUUGGAGACAUCCUGGAGGUGAGACAAUCCUUCUGGAACAAGCAGGCCAGGAUGCUACUCGGGCUUUCCAUGAGGCCGGUCAUUCGCAAAUGUUGGCCACAAAUCUCCAGGCGAAUCUUAUUGGCGUUCUACCACCACACCAAAGACUUCUCUAGCAACAAAAUUAACAUGAUCAGUGACCAUGAUAAAGUGAGAUUCACUCGUAACUGUCAACAUGCUCGAUAAAUAACAUUAAUGCUCCCCAUGCUGACAGUCUGAAGUAAAUCUUACAUUAUGGGUUCGAGCCUUCUUCAGGUUUUUUGACUCAAGUCGGCGAUAUAAUGUCGCUACUGAAGAUUUUCGACUUGUUUAGAAUAUUUGCCAAGUAGUGUUCAUGAAUACAAUAUCCUAAUCCUGAUCAAAUAAACCGUGAUAAA